AUGGGAUUCAAAUCUGCUGCUGAAUCUGAUUUAUUGUGGAAACAGUUUCUUCCGUCGGAUUAUCAAGAUAUUAUUGCAAGAUCGGUUUCUCCGGUGGUUUAUUCUUCCGAAAGGGAACUUUAUUUUCAUCUUUGUGAUUCUCCUCUCCUCCUUGAUGGUGGCAAACUGACUCUUACAGAAUCAAGGUUUGCUGAGGUAGCAGAACUAUUGAGUGUUUGCUGGCUUGAAAUUACUGGGAUAAUGCAAACUCGAAUGCUGUCUUUGACGACUAAUUAUGCAGCAUAUCUCGUAUUCAAAAUCCAUCGGAAUUCUUUUGGGCUCGACGAGCCCUCGAAGGCAUCUGUUAAACUUGUUCAACAGAGCGGCGAGAACAACAUAGUAUAUCUAAAACGACCAACUCGUGAAAAAUUAAGACAAUUGGGCGUAAGAAAUAUUGAUAGUCGACUCGCGAAAGAGAGAAGGGAUGGGUGGAUGGAGAUUGAAUUGGGAGAAUAUUUCAAUGAUAACGGAGAUGGUGGUGAUAUUCAGAUGCAACUCCGAGAGACCGAGAAGCUUGAAUGGAAGAGUGGCCUUAUUAUUGAAGGUAUUGAGCUUCGCCCCAAGGAGGGAUAG